AUGACGUCUGCGGCUCUGGCGAACAGCAAUAACAACAUCAGCCAACGCCUAUGGAUUGCUGCCAUAUAUGACGACGACAUAUUACAGAGCUAUGAGGCUGACAAUUGCCCAUGGAAUAGCCCCGUCGCCCUUGGUCCUGAGUUUCCUGCGCGCUCAAGUCCGGACUGCAUUCGAAUCGCCGACUGCCCAAUGUGCAGGCUUGAGGAGACAACAGAGAGGGCAUGGAGCCAACGGCAGGGGAAUAAUACGGGACUGCUUGGCGAUAGAGGUUUCGCAACGGAGCCAUGCUUGUUGCAGAAAAAAUUAUCCAGAUCAACUUUCGACAUUGCGCAGACUUCCAUACGACAAAGGACGUUCCUGUCUAUUCGUAGUUUCGCCACAAUACCCAGGCUCCAAGCAUGGAAUCCGUUCAGCUCUACGAAAGCGCGGCGACUUGGAGCGCCUGCACCACCGCCAGACGAACAGUCGACCAGCUCGAGCGGGUUCGGAGGUAGUCUGGGUCGCAUGUCAAGGGCGACAAAUGAACUUAAGAUGCGAUGUACAGAGCUCGAUGAGCAUGGUAACGUUACACUGGUCAAUGGGGAGUUCAAAAAGAGCGAGCUCAUCGCAAAGUAUGGCCUCCUCCCUCGAGAUCUUCGGAAGAUCGAUUCUUCCCUUCUUCCUCACAUCCUCGUUCGCCCAACCGCCAUCCUCAUCAAUCUACUCAAUCUGCGCGUCCUUCUGAAGCACAACCGCGUCCUCGUCUUUGACGCCUACGGUACCACAGACUCCAAGUCACAAUCGGUCUUCAUGUACGACCUCGAUCUCAAACUGCGCCAAAAAGAGUCGGCCGCGAAUGGCACUCUAGCAUACGAAUUUCGCGCCCUUGAAGCUGUGCUUAUCAGCGUUACGUUGAGUCUGGAACAAGAAUUUGAAGGCGUGAGCGAGCCAGUGGUUAGAGUACUCCGAGAGCUGGAAGAGGACAUUGACAGAGACAAGUUGCGCUACCUGCUUAUCUACAGCAAGAAAUUGGGCAGUUUCGAACAGAAAGCACGAUUGGUCAGGAACGCGCUCGAGGAACUCCUCGAAGCCGAUGACGAUCUGAGUGCCAUGUAUCUCACCGAGAAAGCAGAGGGCAGGACACGCGAAGACGAUGACCACACAGAAGUCGAAAUGCUUUUGGAAUCGUACCAUAAAGUCGCUGAUGAAAUCGUACAAGCAGCAGAGAACCUGGUAUCCAGCAUCCGCAACACCGAGGAAAUCGUAAAAGCCAUUCUCGACGCAAAUCGCAACUCCCUCAUGCUCCUCGACCUCAAAUUCUCCAUCUCCACCCUCUCCAUUACAGCCGGAACCUUUGUCGCAGCCCUCUACGGCAUGAAUCUCAAGAACUUCAUCGAAGAAAGCGACUUUGGCUUCUUCGGUGUCUCAGCAUGGUGCACCGUCUUCGGUUUCCUCGUCGCCGCCUACGCCCUCACCAAACUCCGCAAAGUCCAACGUGUGAGCAUGUACGGCCACGGGCCCGGUGCGCUCGUCAGUCGCGACCCGCCUAAAGUGACGAGCUGGGGCAUGGGCGCGUGGGGCGGCGGCAGCAGGAAUGGCGUUAGCCGCGGCGAUUAUGGGCCCCUGGGCCCGCUUCCUGGAGGAGCGCCCGAUCUGACGGGCUUUGGGAAGAGGGGAGAGAGCUGGACGGAUGUUGUGCCAAGGGAGCGCGUGCAGGCAAGGAGAUUGGGUAGGGGGGACGCGAGACCGGAUGAGGGUAAUAAGGGGACAUGA